GUCGCUGUAGCAGUCCUAGCGUGUCCUGGGGCUGCGGAGGGGUGGGAGAGAGAAGGGUUGGGGUGACAAAAGAUCGGUAGACCCCCGAGAGACCCGUUAGACUUCCGAAGCCAGAAACACGCCUGGGGCAGACCUAGGGCUCCCGGCUUGCCCUCGCGGGGACCGCGCGCCCCGCGCGCGUGGGCGGCCCUAUGGCUGGGACUCGGAGCCGCGAUCUUCGGGGAUCCCCCCGGAUUUGCUACCUCCUUGGCUCCUUGUUCUUCGGGUCGCUCUUCCCACGAGCUGUCUCCUUCAAUCUGGACGUCAUGGGCGCCCUUCGCAAGGAGGGCGAACCAGGCAGCCUCUUCGGCUUCUCCGUGGCUCUGCACCGGCAGCUACAGCCCCAACCCCAGAGCUGGCUGCUGGUGGGUGCGCCCCAGGCCCUGGCUCUUCCUGGGCAGCAGGCAAAUCGCACUGGAGGCCUCUUCGCUUGCCCCCUGAGCCUCGAGGAGACUGACUGCUACCGAGUGGACAUGGACUCCGGAGCUAAUCUGCAAAAGGAGAGCAAGGAGAAUCAGUGGUUGGGAGUCAGUGUUCGGAGCCAGGGACCUGGGGGAAAGAUUGUGACCUGUGCACACCGAUAUGAGUCAAGGCAGCGAGUGGACCACAUCCUGGAGACUCGGGACAUGAUUGGUCGCUGCUUUGUGUUGAGCCAGGACCUGGCUAUCCGUGAUGAUUUGGAUGGUGGGGACUGGAAGUUCUGUGAAGGGCGUCCCCAGGGCCACGAACAGUUUGGGUUCUGUCAGCAGGGCACAGCUGCUGCCUUCUCCCUCGACAACCACUACCUUCUCUUUGGGGCUCCAGGAACCUAUAACUGGAAGGGCACGGCCAGGGUGGAGCUCUGUGGACAGGGCUCGGCGGACCUGGUUCACCUGGACGACGGGCCCUACGAGGCGGGGGGCGAGAAGGAGCAGGACCCCCGCCUUAUCCCGGUCCCUGCCAACAGUUACUUUGGGUUGCUUUUUGUGACCAACAUUGAUAGCUCAGACCAUGACCAGCUGGUGUAUAAAACUUUGGACCCUGCUGCCCGGCUCCCAGGACCAGUCGGAGACUUGGCCCUGAAUAGCUACUUAGGUUUCUCCCUUGACUCUGGGAAGAGUCUGGUGCGUGCGGAGGAGCUGAGCUUUGUUGCAGGGGCCCCCCGUGCUAACCACAAGGGUGCUGUGGUCAUUCUGCGCAAGGACAGCGCCAGCCGCCUGGUGCCUGAGGUUGUGCUGUAUGGGGAGCGCCUGACCUCUGGGUUUGGGUACUCAUUGGCGGUGACAGAUCUCAACAAUGAUGGUUGGUCAGACUUGAUCGUGGGUGCCCCCUAUUUCUUUGAGCGCCAAGAAGAGCUGGGAGGUGCCGUGUAUGUGUACAUGAACCAAGGCGGUCACUGGUCAGAGGUCUCACCACUCCGGCUCUGUGGCGCCCCUGAUUCCAUGUUUGGGAUCAGCUUGACUGUCCUGGGGGAUCUCAACCAAGAUGGCUUCCCAGAUUUUGCAGUGGGAGCUCCCUUUGACGGGGCUGGGAAAGUCUUUAUCUACCAUGGGAGCAGCAUGGGGGUUGUCACCAAACCUUCACAGGUCCUGGAAGGGGAGGCCGUGGGCAUCAAGACUUUUGGCUACUCCCUGUCGGGUGGCCUGGAUAUGGAUGGAAACCACUACCCCGACCUGCUGGUGGGCUCGCUGGCGGACACUGCUGUGCUCUUCAGGGCCAGGCCUGUCCUCCACGUUUCCCAUGAAAUCUUUGUGGCUCCUCCAGCCAUCGACCUAGAACAGCCCAACUGUGCUGCUGACCGCUUAGUCUGUGUGGACUUGAGGAUCUGUUUCAGCUACAUUGCCAUGCCCAGCAGCCAUAGCCCUAUUGUGGCCCUGGAUUAUAUGCUAGAUGGUGACACAGACCGGAGGCUCCGGGGUCAGGUUCCUCGUGUGACCUUCCUGAGCCGUAACCCUGAUGACCCCAAGCACCAGGCCUCAGGCACCGUGUGGCUGAAGCACCAGCAUGACCGAGUCUGCGGAGAUGCCAUGUUCCAGCUACAGGAGAAUGUCAAAGACAAGCUUCGGGCCAUUGUGGUGACCUUGUCCUACGGUCUCCAGACCCCUCGGAUCCGGCGACAGGCUCCUGGCCAGGGGCUGUUCCCAGUGGCACCUAUCCUCAAUGCCUACCAACCUAGCACCCAGCGAGUAGAGAUCCACUUCCUGAAACAAGGCUGUGGUGAAGACAAGAUCUGUCAGAGCAACCUGCAGCUGGUCCAGGCUCGCUUCUGUUCCCGGGUCAGCGACACGGAGUUCCAGCCCCUGCCCAUGGAUGUGGAUGGGGAGACAGCCCUGUUUGCACUGAGUGGACAGCCAGUCAUCGGCCUGGAGCUGAUGGUCACCAACCUGCCCUCGAACCCAGCCCAGCCCCAGGCUGACGGGGACGAUGCUCAUGAAGCCCAGCUCUUGAUCACCCUUCCUCCCACUCUGCACUACUCAGGAGUCCGGGCCCUGAACUCCCUGGAGAAGCCACUCUGCCUGUCCAAUGAGAAUGCCUCCCGUGUUGAGUGUGAACUGGGGAACCCCAUGAAGCGAGGCUCCCAGGUCGCCUUCUACCUCAUCCUCGGCACCUCUGGGAUCACCAUUGAGACCACAGAGCUGGAGGUGGAGCUGCAGUUGGCCACGAUCAGCGAGCAGGAGCUGCACCCGGUCUUUGCUCGAGCCCACGUCUUCAUUGAGCUGCCACUGUCCAUUGCAGGGGUGGUCACACCCCAGCAACUCUUCUUCUCUGGCGUGGUGAAGGGCGAGAGUGCCAUGCGGUCUGAGCGGGAUGUGGGCAGCAAGGUCAAAUAUGAGGUCACGGUCUCCAACCAAGGACAGUCCCUCAACACUCUGGGCUCUGCCUUCCUCAACAUCAUGUGGCCUCAUGAGAUUGCCAACGGGAAGUGGCUGCUGUAUCCCAUGCGGGUGGAGCUGGAAGGAGGGCAGAGGCCAGGGCAGAAAGUGCUCUGUUCCCCUAGGCCCAACAUCCUCCACCUGGAUGUGGAUAGCAGGGAGAGGAGGCGGCGGGAGCUGGAGCCCCCAGAGCAGCAGGAGCCUCAGGAGCAGCUACAGCCUAGCACAUCCUGGUGGCCAGUGUCUUCUGCUGGGAAGAAGAAAAACAUCACCUUGGACUGUGCCCGGGGCACGGCCAACUGCGUGGUGUUCAGUUGCCCCCUCUACAGCUUUGACCGGGUGGCGGUGCUGCACGUCUGGGGCCGCCUCUGGAACAGCACCUUUCUGGAGGAAUACUCAGCUGUGAAGUCCCUCGAAGUGAUUGUUCGAGCCAACAUCACUGUGAAGUCUUCCAUCAAGAACUUGGUGCUCAGAGAUGCCUCCACAGUGAUCCCAGUGAUGGUCUACUUGGACCCCAUGGCUGUGGUGGCAGAAGGAGUUCCCUGGUGGAUCAUCCUCCUGGCAGUGCUGGCUGGGUUGUUGGUGCUGGCGCUGUUGGUGCUGCUGCUGUGGAAGAUGGGAUUCUUCAGGCGGGCGAAGCACCCCGAGGCCACCGUGCCCCAGUACCAUGCAGUGAAGAUCCCUCGGGAAGAUCGACAGCAGUUCAAGGAGGAAAAGACGGGCAUCAUCCUGAGAAGCAGCUGGGGCAGCCCCCGCAGGGAGGGCCCCGACACACACCCCAUCUUGCCUAUGGAUGGUCACUCUGAACUGGGCCCUACCGGGCAUCCUGUGCCAGCCACUGCCUAGCUUCCUUUGUCCCAUGCUGCCAGGGGUUCCCUUUACCCCUUCUUGAGUGGCUUUCCAGAAUGAAGAAGGUGGAGGGGGUUGUUGGGGUGGCAACAGGACUUGGCAGGGCCUGCUUCCUCAAGGGGUGCAGACCUCUCCCACCCAGGAGCACCACCCCUCCAAUUUCUCUUUAGAAUGCUGAGGGGUCACGGGAGGGCUGUGGGCAGGGCAGGAAGGGGAGGGAGGCCCUGAUAGAAGGCGGGAAGAUGGGAUCCCAAUCCCCCCUCUCCCAUUCACCCCUACCUCUCCCUUCUCCAGCUACCCUAUGUAACUUGUCUUCCCCAAAGUGCCUUAGCCAGAGGGUCAGGGAGGAGAUUGUGUCAUGGACUCAGGGGCUCCUCCCUCCCUAGUUUCCCCUCUCCUCUGACCUUAGUUUGCUGCCUUAGUCUAGUAGGUUUUGUUUAUUUAUUAAAAAAUAUUGGAAGAAAAAAAAAUAACCCUCUGGCUUUUUUUUUUAUUGCCUAACGGUCCUUCAUCCUGGGUACAGGGA